CCGCCUAGUGAAAGCCUACUUAACAGCGACCACUUUAGAACCUCUGUGUCAGCACACAGCUACACGUACAAGAAGCGAUCAUAACACCCGUACAAUAGAAAAUUGCCUGCCAGAUUUUAUACACCAUGCAAAUAUUACUUUUCGUCUCUCUCUGUGGAGUAUCAAUUUAUCAACUUUCGGCAGGGCAAACGAUUCAAGCGCGAGAGAAAGAGGACUUCUGCGCGAGCAUUGGGAAUCCGAACCAAGACUCAAUGGCGCAUUUAAAGGAAUUUGUACGUGACAUUUUUCUGAAUGGAUUCUUUCAACUGCGAGAAGAAGUGGAACGGGAGACUGGUUAUUUGCGUCAAACGUUGGCAACUGAAAUAAUUGAAAUAAAAAGAAAUCAAGUAAGCAUUGAAGAAAGACAACGAAACUUGUCAGAAACUUUAAGUGAAGUACAUAGAAGUCUGUCAGAUAUUUUUGUGAAAUUUGACGACAACGACAGACAAAUCGUCCAACUUAGGAGUACCCAAAAUCAAACGGAAAUAAACGAAGAGAAUAUUAGAAAGCUGAAUGAGUAUGUCGAAUCUGUUGCAGGAAACCAGUCGAUACACUUUCAUAACCAAGAAGGUAUAGCCGAAUUGUCUGCUAAACUCUUUGACGUUUCACGGAUAAUGAAUGACAGUGAUACCAGAAUCAUCAGAAAUGCUGAGGAACAAAUGGUGAAUGAUUCAGAGAGCAUGAAGAAGCUGACUGAUUACGUCCAAUCCGUGAGCGCAAACCAGUCUGUGGAUCUGAUGCAGUUAAAAAGUAGACUGCUCAACGAUGAAGAUGAAAAACUGAACACAUCAGCAGCGUUACUGACCUUGCAAACAGAAGUAGCAAAGUUGAAAGAACGUGUUAGAAGCGUAAGAGACAAAGUUGUUCAAACCGAGAUUUCCAUUUGCCCAAGUGGUUGGACAUUGUUCACUUCCUCUUGCUAUGUGUUCAUUCAGGCCGCACGAUCCUGGGAUGAUGCAUCGAUUCGAUGUCUCCAAUAUGGUGCUAAAUUAGUAGAAGUUGAAACCAAAGAAGAAAACGAUUUUCUAAGACAAAUUUUGCUAAAGGACUCUGUAGGCGGGGUAUGGUUAGGAGCAAUUGAUGACGUCAUGGAAGGAAAGUGGAUGUGGUCGACGUCUGGAAGGUCAUUAACAUUCACUGACUGGUACCCAGGGGAACCAAAUAAUCACGGAAACAAUGAGGACUGUCUGGAAUAUAAUCCAAAAUACAACUGGAACGACAACAUAUGUAGCAGUCUCUUAAAAUUCGUGUGUGAAAAAACGUACUACUAGACAAGUGAAAAUAUACAACAAAAUUCGUGUGUGAAAACACGUAUUGUUAGACACGUGUAAAUUUACAGCAAAAUUCGUGUGUGAAAACACGUAUUGUUAGAUACGUGUAAAUUUACAACAAGAUUCGUGUGUGAAAACACGUAUUGUUACAUGUAGUCACAUGUAAAGCAAACUUCAUGUUUGAAAAACGUAUUAUUAGAUGUAAGCAAAGUGCCUGUUCAUACCAUACAACUGUAGAAGACUUGACUAUAUGUAUGAUCAGUAGAAUUAUGAAUUUAUCUUCUGUCAAA